CUCCGAUCUCGACCCUUUCUACGAUCACUCAAGAUAUAUUACAAGAAGUCUUAUAAACCAUGAAGCUUCUUCUUCUUCUUCUUCUUCUUCUUCUUCUUCAAACUCUCCUCCUGGUCAUCUCUGCAAGGGCCUUUCUCCUGCCCCCAAACAUGUUCGAGCCAUUCCGGGCUUCAUUUGACUCCAAUAAAGAGGCCAACCAAGCCCUUGAACCCGCCACUCUACCAAUUACAUACAAGAAAUGCUACAAUCUAAUACACAUUGACCGCGGCUCCGUCCAACAAUCCGGCGGUGGACGCGGCAUGUACUGGGAACCGCUUCUUAUCGAGCAUGAUACUCUUCCAAGAACAUUCCAAGUGUGCGAAGACUACAAAGCCGACUGUCCAUCCCCCGACGGCAAUGUGACCGAUGGCGGGUUGUUCUAUCUCAGAUGGAUCUCAGAAAAUUGGGGUCCGCUAGUGAUUAGUGCUUAUCAGGACCAAGGAUCGGAACUCUGGCCUAUUAGCAUCGACAGGGACUUUAUAGCUGCAAAGGUCGACGGGGAUGAUGGCGACAAGGGGUUUGUUAGUAUUCGGGGCAACAAUGAGGGAGAGUAUAAUGGUUUGGAUAUUGUUUUUGAUAUGCCCAAUUAUGCCAUCUGGAAUGCAGAGGGUGAUGGGCCAAUGAAGUUUAGGUUUGAUGAGGUGGAAUGCAAGGGUGAUCCUACUCGAUCUCUGGAUGCUGGAGAGCAUGGGGAGUUGUGA